AUUUUUCUUGCAUCUCUUUCUUUCCAUCUACAUCUAUCAUAACGAACAAAAACGAAAACAAGUCUACACACUCUGCCACCACUCCUACAUUCCUCUUCAUUUCCCCCCAAACCGACAAUCUUUUCUUCUUCAUCACCACCUUAAAAAACACACACAAACACCUCAAGAAUCACUAAAUUAAUCAAAAUUAGCAUCACCCAUAUCAUUUAAUCAUCAAUUCCUUGAUGGGUUUUCAAUAAAGACUCAAACUUUAUCAUUAAAUAAUCAAAUAUGAUCCACUUUAGCUCUUAUUGAUUUGAUUCUGAUUGUAAAUAUGCGCCGGAAAGCCGCCGAUUACCGCCGCCGUGUUCGACGGCCGCUGUCAUUAUGGAUCUGGGUUUUUAUUGGGUUCUUCUCUGUUGCUGGAUUUAUUCUUAUUCUUCUUCAACAUAAUUAUCAUUAUCAUGAUCCUAUUGAUCACCACCCUUUAAUGGAGAGAAACGUAAGAAGCGUACAGGUUAAUCGCAACAAGCUGAAUCUAACAAUGGAAAUAGCUAGCGCCAAUUCAUAUGCCAGACAACUACUUGAACAAAUGGCGCUGGCAAAAGCCUAUGUAGUCAUUGCAAAAGAACACAAUAACCUUAAUCUUGCUUGGAAACUAAGCUCAAAGAUAAGAUAUUGUCAGUUAUUGCUCUCAAAAGCUGCUAUGAGGGGGGACACAAUGACACAAAAAGAAGCCGAACCACUCAUUAGUAGCUUAGCGUCUCUCAUUUACAAAUCCCAAGAUGCGCAUUAUGAUGUAGCAACUACGAUUAUGACCAUGAAGUCUCACAUUCAGGCUCUUGAAGAACGUGCCAAUGCAGCCACAGUUCAAAGUGUGUUUUUUGGAAAUUUAGCAGCCGAAUCGCUCCCCAAGGAUCUUCAUUGUGUAAGUGUUAAACUUUUGGCUGAUUGGUUUACAAAGAAGACGAUUCCGGUCUUUGCAGAAGAGAAUAACAAUUCUCCAAGAUUGUUGGACAACAGUCUUUACCAUUUUUGCUUGUUUUCCGAUAAUUUGUUGGCAGUUUCUGCUGUGAUUAACUCUACCGUUUCAAAUGCUGACCAUCCCAAACAACUUGUGUUUCACAUAGUCACGAAUGGAGCCAAUUAUGCCGCCAUGCAAGCAUGGUUUGUUACUAAUGACUUUAAAGAGUCAAUGAUUCAGGUUCAAAAAGUCGAAGAUUUUACUUGGUUGAAUGCUUCUUACUCUCCCGUUGUUCGACAGUUACAAAAAGUCGACUUUCUAGGAUACUCAUUUGAAGAGUCUAAAGAUGUAAAUGCGCCGACAACCUCAAACCAAAAGUAUGGAUCUUUAUUAAACUAUCUUCGGUUCUACAUCCCCGAGAUCUACCCUCAUCUUGAGAAGGUUGUGUUUCUUGAUGAUGAUGUCAUUGUUCAGAAAGAUUUAACACCUCUUUUCUUAUUAGAUCUUCAUGGUAAUGUUAAUGGAGCUGUUGAAACGUGCCUUGAAGCUUUUCACCGACUAUAUAAAUAUCUUAACUUCUCGAACCCGGUGUUGAGUUCCAAGAUUGACCCUCAGGGUUGUGGGUGGGCUUUUGGGUUAAAUGUCUUUGAUUUGGUGGCUUGGAGAAAUGCUAACUUGACAGGCAUGUAUCAUUAUUGGGAAGAACAGAAUGCGGAUGGGAACCUAUGGAAAUUAGGGACUCUGCCAGCCGGACUUUUAACCUUUUAUGGACGCACCGAGCCACUGGACCGAAGAUGGCAUGUGUUGGGACUCGGAUAUGACAUUAAUAUUGAUAGCAGGCUCAUAGAGAGUGCAGCUGUGGUUCAUUUUAACGGGAAUAUGAAGCCAUGGCUAAAGUUUGGGAUUGGAAGGUAUAAGCCUUUGUGGCAUAGGUAUGUGAACAGAACUCAUCCCUAUCUUGUUGACUGUGUUACAACUUGAAAGGCCAGUGUAGUUAACAGAACUCAUCCCUAUCUUGUUCACAGCAUUAUUGCUAUUGGGUCAUUGUAUCUUUUUGAUUUUGUUGUACCGCUUCAUUCUUUUUGGUAAAAAGAGGUUAGUUUGUUUUUUGUUUGUUUAAUUGGGUUAGCCAGAUAUACAGUUACGUCGAAUUUUCACAAAUCUCACAAUAUUAUUUUCAUUUAAUA